UCUAGCUUAUAGGCAGAGGGAGAGAACAGAGUGUUGAGAAGUGGGGGAAAGCUAGAGCACUAUUAGGAAAUAUUUCACAAGUCAGGAUUGGAAGAGAAAAAACAUGAUGAAGCUGUUUUGCCUGUUGCUGGUGCUCGUCAGUUCCACUGCUGCCGCACAUCUGGAAACCUCAGGUAGAGACGAGUACCCCACCCUGCCUUCGCACGUCUUCAUCACAGCACCGAGUCCAACCGAGGCAAAGUCUCGCUUUGCCAUGCUGGAUGAUGUUCGCCUUCUAGCAAACGGCCUCCUCCAGCUCGGACAGAGUUUACGGGAGUUUGUCCACAAGACCAAGGCCCAAAUCAAUGACAUCUUCCAAAAGCUGAACAUUUUCGACCGCUCUUUCUACCAGCUCUCAGUGGUCACCUCGGAGAUCAAGGAGGAGGAGGAAGAGCUCAAGAAGACCACCAAUUUCUUAAAAGCCAACAAUGAGGAGAUCAGGAACCUGUCGCUGGAAAUCAACUCUAAGAUCAACAACAUUCUGCAGGAGCGUACACUGCUGCAGAGCAAGGUGGGGAGCCUUGAGGAGAGGCUGAAGGGAAUAUCGCAGAACAUGGUCCCUGCUGACCAGCUUAGUGAAAUCACAACUCUUAAGGAUGUGAUUGAAGCGCAAGAGAAAACGAUCACCAAUCUUCUCCAGGCUGUGAAGGAGCAGCAUGAUCAGCUUGACCACCAGAAAAACAAGAUCAAAAACCUAGAGGAAAAGCUCAGCUUCGACAGUUUUCAAGAUACAGUUGAUAAGCCGAUGGAUCCAGACCAUGCGGCGCCGGACAUGUUUGAAUAUUUGACGGGAAACUCAACUGGUCUGGACACAAGUGACUUGGCUAUGGACUGCAGUGAGCUGUUCAACAAAGGAGAGGCAAACAGCGGAAUCUAUGUUAUCAAACCAAACCAAUCAGAGCCAUUCAAUGUUUACUGCGAAAUGGGAUCAGAUGGGGGCUCAACUGUGAUCCAGCGCAGAGUUGACGGUUCAGUGGAUUUUGACCAGACGUGGGAAAAGUAUGAAAAAGGUUUUGGAGAUCUGGAAAAGGACUACUGGCUGGGCCUGAAGAAGAUUCACAGCUUUACACAGCAGGGAGUUUACAUCCUGCGUGUUGAUCUGGAGGACUGGAAGGAGGAGAAGCACUGGGCUGAGUAUUGCUUCUCACUGGAAGGCCCCUCCAAGGACUAUGCCCUUCAUGUCAGCCACCUCUCAAGUGACCUGCCGGAUGCCAUGGCCAACAGCACCGGCAUGAGAUUCUCCACAAGAGACAGAAAUAAUGACAACCACCGAAAUUCCAACUGCGCUCGCAGUUACACAGGUGGCUGGUGGUUCAACGCCUGCGGGGAAACAAACCUUAAUGGAAGGUACUUCUGGUUGAGGGCAAAGGGACGCUCUGUGAGGAGGAAGGGCAUUCACUGGAAGCCUGGCACAGGGUCCUCAUAUUCCCUCAAGAUGACCAAAAUCACCAUACGACCAGCUCUGACUGCUGAUUGCCCCAACUAAGCAGCCCACAGUUUCUCACACAAUACUACUGGCAUUUCCCACAUAUGAUAGUAUAUCUAAUGUUCAGCCAGAAAGUUCCAUAGUAGGGGAAAGUGGCUUUCCAUAUACACAAGUUAUCUGCAGUAUUCAGCUGACUGCUUCACAACACCAUUUUGUCAGAAACUAGUACUGAUCAACAGAAAGCCGGUCAAAAAUGUCAGAAGUCAGAUUAUGCUGAACUGUCAAAAUGAUGCAACCAUGACCUGUAGGCUGUUAACCUAUUGGGUCUGAUCCAGCAAGGACAGUAGAGCUGCCAUUAUGCAACAUGUGCAACCACUUGCAAAAUAGACAUAUUGAUCCACAUCAGCGACCCAAUUCAGUGCUGGCUGUAAAAUGCCACAGUGUUGCAGUAGGAUCAAAAACUAUGAAGAAACUACAAUUCUAAAAAUGACAUGCUUAAGUAUCUUUUAGGUAAACUUACAUGUAUUUGACUGCUUGUAUGUAAAGUCUAUUUUAUCUUAGCAAUGUGAUGCUGUACUGCAUGUCCCCAGGAGCUACAGACACAAAUACCAACAGGUUAUUACACAAAGCAAGUACAUUAUGUAAGUCAGCCGCAUCUCCAGUAUUUGAAAAAGUGCCCAUGCUGGUGAUUUUUUUCUAGUGAAGACUUCUUCUUGUUCAGUUACAUGAAAAAAAAAAGAAUCUACAAAGUGGGUACAAUGUCAGCUACCAAACUCAGUACGAAAUAUUGUAUAUUGUUUUAUAUGAACAUACCAUAUUUUCUCAAAUAGUUACCGCAGCCUUUUGUUCCUCAACUGCAGAAGGUCAAAGGACGUUAUCUGAAGCAACCUUGGAUUAGAGGCAGAAGUUUGAUUCUAAUUCUUCAGUUUGAUAAGUAUAGUUAGUUUAGCAUUAUAGUUAGUUGUUUAUUAAAAUGACCACAUUACACUGCUAAUACAAACUUAAAACCACGUGUAAUUGUUUCAAAUUAAAAGCCACCUUUCAGUGAACGGAAACCCUUCAUUCUUAACGGGGCUUUUAUCACAUAUAAAAUAACAGCCAGAAGGUAUUCAAGGACAACAAAGCAACGCUUUUUUUUUUUCACCCCACCUGUAGCUAGAUGCCAGUUGUUACGUGUUCAACUACGUCCACAGCCAUUAUCCAAGACCAGACUUUUAAAUUGACUACCGUCAUUAUUUGAGGAAAUAUGGUACAAAGCUGAUUACGUUUUUCUGUCUGUUUUAUGUUUUUUUUAUUCUGUAAAGUAUUUAAACCAUGUUCAUGCUAUUAUAUGAUUAUGCUGUUACUGUCAAAAGAACAUAAUUUCUGUGUAUUUCCUCUGUUAUUGAGUCAUAUUGACUCCUGUCCAUUAUUACAACAUAACUAACUGUACUGUAAAUGUGCCUCAUACUAACACCUGUCACCCUGACAAGUAGCUAUGUUCGCUAACUAAUCAUAUUUAUGAAAACUAAAUAAAUAAAUAAAUCUGUCCAAAUAA